AUGGCUUUUCCUUGCGUUAAAAGAAUCGUACUUUCAGUUCUCCCUCUUCUCCUUCUUUUAUCAGUUAGUCCUGUAUCUUCAUCUUUGUCUCCGAGUGACAAAGUCACAAAAGACUUACUCUACCAACUCUGCUCACAACCAGCAAUUUUUAACCACUUCUGCAUCAUUUGGCUUACCAAUGAUCCAACAACGUUCACCCUCAACUUUUAUGGUCUUCUCGGUUUGGUCAUCCAAAAGACGCAAUUGUAUGGCUAUAAGAACCUAGCGAUGAUGAAAAGCUUAGUAAGAACCACGACUGAUCCGAUGCUCAAGAUACCGUAUGGGUCGUGCGUAACAUAUUAUGAGUCAGCCAUUAAAUCGAUGGAGGAAGCUAUAAAGUUUGCUAUCUUGAAGAAGUACGAGUUAACAUCUCAUGCGGCUGGGAAAGCCUUUUCUAGUAUAAAUGCGUGUGAAGCUGAACUUGCAGGACGUAAUACUGUGCCGUCUGAUGUUCCAUUACGUAAUCUCCAGUUUAAAAGAAUGUGUAACAUUGUUAGAGUUUUCUCUGACGUUUUGACGGCAAAAAAUUAUUAA